UCAGUUUAUUGUAAUACAUGACGCGCCUAAGCUUAAUGUAAGACUGCAAAGAAGCACUAGAGAUGCAUGAAUGAGCUGGGAUGUGCAGUGGAGAGUUCCUCAGAGCAUCGAUGUUUCUCCAGCAGUCGCAUCAUUGCCCUGGUGCUAAAGGAGCCGCUUCCUGCCGUCUGUCAUCGCGAUGAUGAGGAUGAUGCCGUUCAGCAGACGCAGGACGCACGAGCACUCUUGUGCCAACUAAAACGUCGGGAUCACUUUAAUCGAUCGUGACAUUGUGGGAUACAACAAUUGUACGCUGGCCAAGAUAACGAAGGAUUGAAAUCUGAAAUUUCUCGCGAAACCUCUCCCGUUAUUCUGGGGCAGUCUCCCUUUGAGAUGCGUAUUGAUCUUUUUUAAAGAUGUCGUCAUCCUAUAUGUUCAUGGGUCGGUUCUUUGAAGGGCAGAGAUGUGGAAGUGAAGGAGCACCUUCAUUCUCUUCAUUAUAACGCCUCAUUUCUUGGAUACCAAUAUAAGCCACGCUAAUGGAAAAUUCGGGCUCACAGGUGGUCUCGCUGGAGCAGCAGGUGGAGAGUGUGGAGAGGAGCAUUGUGUUCCUUAGACAGGAGCAGCUGUCUCUGCUGCAUGGACUACAUCUGGAGAUCCUGUCCCUCCAGAAACGCUGUACAGAACUUACACAGGAACUCAACAUGAAGCCCCCAGGCAGGAGUGAAGCAGAUGGCGAUAGAGACGGACAAGCACACACCUCAACAAUGGUACCCGCAGAGGUGAAGGAGGAAGAGGAGCAGCUGGAAGCCCGUUGUCAGGAGGUGGAGGGGCAUCUGCAGGAGCAGCAGCAGAUCCAGAGUGAUCUCCGAUGGGAGCUGAGUCAGAAGUCCGUCCUAGUGGGUACUUUCCGCACCAGUCUGAAGGAAAAGGAGCGCCGUUUCCUGGAGGAAUUAAAACACCGCAGCCACAGGACCACUGUGCUCAACACCGAGCUGCAGAAGCAGACAGAGGCGGCUGCGUACCUGUCCUUCCAGCUGCAUUCAGCCAAGCAGAAACUCCAUCAGCAGAGGCAGCAGCAGCACAGAAGGCCGGCCCAGUCUGGGCGACGGAGCUCAAGCCGGCCUUCCUCGCACAUCCACACCGAACGCGCCAGGGAGUGCGUGCCGCGCGAGAGGGUGAUGGGCCCCGAGGAGCCUAUGGCUAUGCCUGACCCCGCCGUCUUCUUCUACCCCUACAGACACAGAUCCCGGCUCCGCCCACCACACAGACAUGCCCUGCAGGAGGCGGAGGGGGAGGAGUCAGAGGAGCUCGAUCAGGGAGCUUCUGUGAGCAGACUGGCAACAACAGUAGCUAAAGCCACCGCGACCACUGCAUCCACCACAGAGAACAACGCUGAAUGAGCGUUUCUUUUACAGUUCAACCUGCUUGUUUUUAUGAUAUUUCAACCUGAAUUGCACCUUGAGCCCCUUGGGAGAACCUUUGCAUUGUGACAGUGACAGAAAUGUUUAUAUUUGCAAUACGGUUUGCUUUUUUUACAGUUUGCACAUGCAGUGAUUAUUAGACUGAGAAGGGAUUUUUGCUUACGUUCUUGUUGAACCAAAAUCGACUCAUGUUUAUGUUACUGUAAAGCAUUUUUAUAAUCAAAAAUUACCCUGAGGGCCUCAAUACAUGAACAUUAAGUGCUUCAUAAGGCCUGUUUUAUGCGUCCUGUAUCUGAGGUGUGUAGUUUGUUCUCUUGCUGUAUUAACAGGUUACAGCAUUCACACUGACAUUUGUGCUGCUCAUACAUUAACUGCUGUUCUUUUUAUACUAUACAACUGUCUGUUGUCGCUGAUAUCAUUUCUAUUCAAAAUACAUUUCACUCUGCAAGAGACAGGUAUAGAUAGGGGACAGAUAUGGUAACCUAGUGUAAUGAGUUAUUGAAAUAGAAAAAAAUGUAGGGCGGGGACUUGGUUCUAGUGGUCAGUUGCUGAUUGGAUUUUAAAAUGUGGGCGUUGCACUCAAAAAUAAAUGCAAGCUUGCAGUCAGUUUUGGAUAGGCGGCAUUUAAAUGGAUGAAAUGAAUGGAGAAGUCUGUCGUUUUCAAAAAAAAAAAUCAUAAGAAAAAUCAUUCACACUAUAACAUGCAUUUACAAAAAAAAAAAAAAAAAAGAAAAUAAAAAAAAAAAAAUACCAAGAGAUGAUUUUUCUUUAUCUGAUACUUAUUCAUCUUAAUAUCUCUUGGACAUCUGCACACCACUGGGAUUGUGUAUUUGAAAAUUCAAGGAUGGAGAUUGUCACUUCUAACAUCGAUCGGAUUUUGGCAAUCUCAACAAGAUCCCAUUAGAAAAGGGAACUGAUUUGCAUUUUGUGCGUGUAAAUGCAAUCGGAACCCUGAUCACACUGGACACACACUCAAAUGAAGGUGUAAAUGCAAUUUAGUUUAGAUCCGGAUACGAAACAUGUUCAUGCCAGAUCACACAGCACAAAACAUAUUUAAAAUGCAGGAUGAAUAUUUUUACUGACACAAUAUUUAGCAGUAUAGCCAUUUAUAAAGCAUCAUAAUAAUGUUUUUUAUGUAUAAAAGAUGUCUGGCAUUGUUUAUGUUCAGUGAAUCUGAAUCAGAACAGUUACACUUCAAAGGUAUUUUUGUUUCAUGCAAAUUACCGUUUGUAUGUAAAUGCAGUCACCUCUUCAUUUAAAGUAAUAAUACUCAAUUGCACACUUCCAAUAACCAUUUCAAAUGUUUUAGUCUUAAUUAAAAGUUACCCAGAAAUCACUUUUCGAGCUGCCGAAGUGCUGUCAGUGUGAAAGCACGACACUGCUGUUUACUUGCUGCAGACUCAGGAUGUGCAUAACAGGCUGAAGUCAGUGUCCUUGUGAACUUGUUACUGCUGAGUAUUGUUUUACUGGUUUAUUUUAUUUUUUGUUGUCGUUUUUAAAUCUGUGUGCCCUUAUUGAGGAAUAGCUCAUCUCAGAUAUUUCUGAAUGAUCAGGUUGUCUGUCUGGUGUCACCAUAAGUGCACUCUUUCAGCCCUCCAGAUAUGAUGGAGAUUUUAUCACCUAAAUACUCAUUUAGUCAGAUGAGAUCUAUACAGCCUGAAUCAUUUGCUCAAGUGCUUUAUCUGGUGUACAGUGUGUUUAUGUGUGGGCUUGUUGAUUAGAAGAGAGUGGGUUCAAGGGUCAACGCACCAUUGUUCUGCCAUCAUUAAUUGAGCCAGUGAUGCCCAAAGGACGGAUUAGUUUUAAGAUGCUUAUGCUGUAAUGCUUUAGUCUGAUGUUGCAGAUAACAUGUUUGCAUAUGUGCCAUUAGAAUCAGAAUGCUGUUUGUUUUAUAAUUCUAUGUGGCCAGGUAUGUGUGCAUAUACCUUGAGCUUUAGUGAUUUGAUGACUAAUAGCAAUGUGAUACAUAUUGCAAACAUAUUAAGUGUUUGAAUAGCAAAAGCUUACCUUUCUUGACAACUAACAGACACGUUUAAAGGAAUAGUUCUCUCAAAAAUGAAAAUUUGCUGAUAUUGUUCUCAACCUCAGGCCAUCCAAGAUGUAGAUUGUUUCUUCAUCAAAACAGAUUUGGAGAAAUUUAGCAUUACAUCACUUUCAA